GGGCCUCGCGUCUCCGCCCGCCCACCGGCUCGCUCCCUCGCUCGGAGCCCAGGCCGCCGCCAUGUCUUCCGGGGCCAGCGUAAGCGCCCUGCAGCGCCUGGUGGAGCAGCUCAAGCUGGAGGCCGGCGUAGAGAGGAUCAAGGUCUCUCAGGCGGCGGCAGAGCUUCAACAGUACUGCAUGCAGAAUGCCUGCAAGGACGCCCUGCUGGUAGGUGUUCCAGCCGGAAGCAACCCCUUUCGGGAGCCCAGAUCCUGUGCUUUACUCUGAAGACUGGGAGGAAGUCCGCUGAGGAAUGCUUUCAAGCACCAAGUGAUGAAUGACUGCCUCCAAAUCUCAAGAACACACUUCUCCAGCCAAAUGACUUUUAGAUAUUUCACAGGACCUUUCCUGUGGCCUGGUCCUUUAGCCAAAAUUCUAUGGAAAUUUAUGAGUUUCUACUCAAGGAAACUGGGUGAAGGAGUAGAUUUUAAAUAAUAAUGGCCUGGUUCUUUGUUGAAGUGCUUUAUACUUAAACAAAAACCUUACCACCAAAUAUACCAAAAUACACCUCUUUCAUUAAGUGAAUUUCUAGUGUUUCUAUACCUGGAAUGUUACAUAUGUUUUAUUUACUAGAUGUUUACAUUUUGGGAAGGAAAACAGUAUUGUUUGUUAAAAAAAUUAAAUAUUUGUAAUUUGUUGUUCCCGACUAAGAUUUUUAUACCAUAACAAAAUUUGUUCUUUUCUCAUGAAUUUAUAAUUUCUAAAUGAAGAUAAGCAAGUAUAAAAUUGGGGGAAGAAUGGGCUUUAUUAAUCAAAUGAUGUCUUGAUUUUUCUAAAUGAGAAGAUUGUUUUAUUUUUAACACUAAAUAUGGGAGCUGUUUCUUAGCAAACUUGUUUGAAAGGAUUAAUGUUGUGUUGUUUAUUAGAUUGCCCCAUCCUGUAUAUGAAGCAGAUUUGAUCUUUGUCUUCUUAAGUUCCUCUAUUUUAUAAUGGUGGUUUUACUUAAAAAAAUACUAAAUUAUUUCAUGUCUUUAAAACAAUGUUUAAAUGUGAUCUACAGAAUAUUGCAAAUGAUUAAAAAAAAAGUGAUGUGAAAAUAUUACAACCUAAAUGAACUCUCGAUGUCACAAGUGUUUUACUUUGAUGAUGUGCCUCUGAUUUAAUUUGGGACACUUAAAAGAAUACUUUAUAUGUGUUUGUUAUAAUCUUUGAAGAGCUUGGAAAUAAAAUUUCUGCUUAAUUUCUGCCAAUGACA